UAACACAUUACCUUGUUUGUUCUAAAUACAGAAAAUUUUAAGACCCUCGCAUUUUUUGAAGACCGCCGCAAUCGUUAUCAGGUCUUCAGUCAAAGUUGGAGUGUCAACCAUCAAUUAAUUAUAAAUUUAAAAGAAAAAUGUGUUUCGAAAGGCGAAUAAUUUUCAUUGUUGCUGUAGUUAGUUUUUUAGUUCCAUUGUGCGAAUCUGCUAAAGUGAAAAAAUUUCCUCCUUACAUCCAAAAAUGCCGCCAAAACGAUACGGAUUUUCAAAAAUGCUUGUACCGAGCUUUGGAGAACAUAAAACCCUACCUUAAAGAUGGUAUUCCUGAACUUAGACUACCAAAGAUGAGCCCAUUAAUACUGCCAGAAGUUGGUAUCGACGCUGGAGCUGGUUUUAUUGCAAGAUUUGAAAAUUGUGAAAUUUAUGGCGCUGAUAAAUUUGUAAUUGAAAAAUUUGAUGUCAGCCUUGAAGAAAAUAAAAUCAAAUUCGACAUGUCGUUUCCACAUAUCAGAAUCAAGGCCAGAUAUUACAUUUUCGGCAAAGUUAUGUUUUUCAAUUUGGAUGGGUCAGGGCCUGCAGAUGGAAAUAUAACUGACUGUCGAGUAAUUGCUACAAUGAAUGGUCAAAGAUUCUAUCAACAAGAUAAACAAUACCUCAAACUGACAGAAACUAUAAUCGAGGAUAUCGAUUUUGGAAAGCCAAAUUUUCAAUUUUAUGAAUUAUUCAAAAAUAAUCCAGAAUUGACUCAGCAAACUAACAAAAUCCUUAAUGCUAACAUGGUGGAGUUACUUACAGAUUUGAGGCCUACUUUAGAGCAAGUUAUUGGAAACACAGUUUUGGAGUUUAUUGGCAGGGUUUUCCAGAGGUUUUCUAUAGAGGAACUUUUUCCUAGAUGAAAUAUAUGUUAGCUUCUAUCUUGUUUGUAUAUAUUUUUUGCUUAAUUAUAUUUUAAAUUGAGUAUAGUACACUUUUAGUUUCAAGAUACCUACUGCCACAGGAUAAUCUAGGUACCUAUAUCAAUUUAUUUUUCACAAAUAAGUAUAAACAAUUCCAAAUCCCCUUAUGUAUGUUUAUGUUGCUUCUAUUAAGUCUUAGUUGAAUUUUGGGUCAAUCGGAUAUAGUUCGUCGUAUGGAAUAGUUUCUAUAAUGGUCUUAAACAGUAAAUCUUCUAGAAUCCUGCUAAUGGCAUGCUCUACCACUGGUUUAAGCUCUCCAAAAAGUACAUCCACAUUAUCGUUGAUUGCUUUA